CGGCCGUCGAGGUGAUUUCCCCAUCCUCGCCAUAGUUGUCAUCCUUCAAGGCCCAGUUCACCAUGCCGCCCCGUCUCAAUCUUUUCACCGCAAGGGCGGUCCCCGUUCUUCGCUCCUCCGCCACCCCCUCCGCCGCCCGACGCAGUUUCACCACCAUCCUCAACGCGAACAGGCCCUGCGCGGCGACUACCAAUGGUCUGACUACGCCGCUUCAACGACGAUGCAACUCCUCCGGCUCCGACGGACAGGGCCGGCCCAAGGGCCCGACCGAGGACCCCCUGCCCCAUGUCAGUGAGGAGGCCGCGGAGGUCAGCAAGAUCAUGGACAAGAAGUGCGACGGCGCCCCGUCCAGCCCGGAGUUGGAGCAGGGAACGCCUGUUUCCGAGAUCCUCCGCCGCGACAAGGACGCCCAGAAGCACGCCCCCAAGGUCAUGCAGGACCAGAUGAACCGCCCCUCCGGCUCCCGUUCCUUCUCGACAUCCGCUUUCCGUAUGCAGGAGCUACAAGCGAACAACAACCCCAGCAGCAGCAGUGAUGACGCCUCCGCGGCCCUGGUCGCCAACAUGAUCGCCCAGGUCACCGAACAGGCCGCGGAGCUGCACCCCGGCCUCAAGUUCCCCGCGCCGGCCGAACUCCCCCGGACUGAGAACUUCCGUAAACGAUACGAUACGGUGGUGGACCAGUUCACGAAGACGAUCAUGCGGGAUGGUAAGCUGAGCAAGGCCCAGAAGAACAUGUCCUUCGUCCUGGACCACCUGCGCACGGCACCCCCUCCCCAAAUCAACCCUCGCCGGCGGUUGGUCGGCGCCCCCCCGGCGUCGCAGCUCCCCCUCAACCCGGUGCUGUACCUCACGACGAUCAUCGACUCGGUGGCGCCACUGCUCAAGCUCCGCCAGCAGAAGGGUAUCGUGGGUGGAGGUGUGUCGGUGCAGGUGCCCGUGCCGCUCACGCUGAGACAGCGCCGGCGCACGGCCAUCAUGUGGAUCGUGGAAGCGUCGGAGAAGCGUCGCGACAGCCAGUUCGCGUACCGCCUGGCCAACGAGCUGGUGGCCGUCGCAGAGGGCCGUAGCGGCGUCUGGGACAAGCGCGAGCAUGCGCACAAGCUGGCUACGUCCGUCCGGUCCAACGUGUCGGCGAGAUCGGGUACCAAGAACCGGAUGGGUUGAUCAACGGACGGAUGGGCUGUAUAUUAUCCGCAUGUGUAUUUUUUUGACUGUUUUGAGAGCAUUGGUAUUAGGUUCAUUUUUAAUUGAUUAGACAUGAUUUAC